AUGGCGUGGUUCAUGAGAGGCGUGCAGAGCGCAGUCUUCCACUAUGCCUCAUGUGCACCAUGCGUUGGCUACACAGACAGCAGAAAGAGGCGGAGAGACGCCAAGCACGCACGCAAGGCGAGGGAGAAGCUGAUGCUCGAGGAGCCAGACACAUAUCACCACCCGGAACCCACGGGCACCAAUCCCUACUGGGAAGAGGAAAUCGCAAUGGGUCCAGGACCACCGCCGCGAAGGGCGCGGAGGGCCGGCACGGGGAGCACGCGCUGCAUCACCACGGCGGGCACCCAGAGCUCCGCCGUCAGCAAGAUGGGAAGCAGUGUCGACGGCGAGCCCAAGGAACGUCUGCGACUCAGCGACGACACGCUGGAGGAUGGCAACUGGAAUCGCAAGCGAUAUCAGAGAGAGGACGAGGAGCUGUGGGGGCACGACGAGCUGCGCAUCUCUCUCCAGCAGACGGGCAGCGGCUCUUCCGUCGGCGUCGUCGGCUUCCCAAUACGAAGACCAGGCACAUCCAGGUCAGGAAGCUACUACUCUGCCCGCGCACCGCCAGUCAACGAACUCCAUCCACCCGUCGUCAGUCUGCCCUCACCCGAUCCCGCUGAGAACCGAUGGAUGCUGCAACCACCUCCGAAAGCCAGUGUCAUGGCCGGCAAGGAGCGCGCCAACAACAUGAGCCGCAGCCACAGCGGCUCUAGCAGUCGCGUCGAGUUGAAUCUCGGCAGACAGGUCAGCACAAAGCAAUUGAUGCAGAAGCUGGAACGACGAAACACGGGCGACGUGCCAUCCAUCUCCCCAGCCAGUUCCCACGCCAACCUCACCUCCGCCCAACGAUCUCGCACGCCACAAGCCAGACCACCCUCUGCAUCGAGUCUACACCGUAAGCGCCGUGACACGGCCAUAUCCACAAAAUCAACCAUCACACGAAGCUCUUCUGCCAACGACUCGAGCGACGCGCUCGCCCGCGCUUCCACCACUACCGCAACCACCAUCUCACAACCACCCCCACCGUCCUCCAUGGCCAGCUCGACCACAAUCGCCUUCUCCGACCCAGCUGCCCCCACCACCUAUACCCCCCGCCCAGUCCUCUCCACCAUAGCCUCAAGCAACUCCGGCAUCGCCUCCCCGACCCUCUCCCCCAGCACCCCCCGCCGCCCAGCCACCAGCGACGAAAACUCGAUCCCCGAGAAACCGUCGCCGGUCCACCACCGCUUCCCCUCCGACUCCACCGUCUACCCCUCCCACACCCCCUCGCUCACCUCCCUGCACAAGCAAACACCGCUCAACACCUCGGACACAUCGACCCUGCACCGCCUGCAAGAUCUCGUCUCCCCGCGUGCCCUGCUCAACUCGCGAUUCGUCAGUGCGCCCUUGGUCGAGGCGAGACUGCGCUUGCCGCCGAGUGAAGAGGACAUGGGGAAUCGGGUCAAGACGGGUGCUGGCCUCGCGACUAUGCAUGCCAGGUGGCCGCCCGUCCGCAGGCGGGGGAGUAGGAGUCGCGAGUCUGAAAGCAGUGAGGGCGAGGACGAGGAGGACGAGGAGGAGACGGUGCGGGUCCCGUUUGAUAGUUUUGGAGUGGCUAGGGAUGUGCGGUUGAGAUGGAGUGUUGAUUUUUAA